AAUUGGGCUUGCUUGGACACGCGCCCCGAAUUUCGGCAUUUCCGCCCACGUGGGAAACUACAGUAUGUGGACCUGGCUUGAAUUCGAAGUGCGGGAGAGACACCUGGGCGCGGAGUGAUGGGGCCGGCGCCUGCUGGAGAGCAGCUGCGCGGAGCAGCUGGGGAGCCAGAGGUGAUGGAACCAGCCCUGAAAGGCACAGGCAAGGAGGAGAAGAAAGCAUCUUCAAGGAAGCGAACAGAGACUAGAUCUCCAGCGGAGGGCCUCCUGCAGCCAGUGAAGCUCAGCAGGGCAGAACUGUACAAGGAGCCUACCAAUGAGGAGCUGAAUCGCCUUCGGGAGACUGAGAUCCUGUUCCACUCCAGCUUGCUCCGUUUACAGAUAGAGGAGCUACUAAAGGAAGUAAGGCUGUCAGAGAAGAAGAAGGAUCGAAUUGAUGCCUUCCUCCGGGAGGUUAACCAGCGGGUCAUGAGGGUUCCUUCAGUCCCUGAGGCAGAGCUCACUGACCAGGCUUGGCUCCCAGCUGGGGUUCGAGUGCCCCUUCAUCAAGUACCCUAUACUGUGAAGGGCUGUUUCUGCUUCUUGCCUCCAGCCCAGGUCACUGUUGUGGGCAGCUACCUUCUGGGCACCUGCAUCCGGCCAGACAUCAAUGUGGAUGUGGCAUUGACCAUGCCCAGGGAAAUCCUACAGGACAAGGAUGGGCUGAACCAGCGCUACUUCCGCAAGCGUGCCCUCUACCUGGCUCACUUGGCUCACCACCUAGCCCAAGAUCCCCUCUUCGGCAGUGUCCGCUUCUCCUACUCCAAUGGCUGCCAUCUGAAACCCUUGCUGUUGCUGCGGCCAAAUGGGAAGGAUAAGAGUUUGGUCACCGUUCGUCUGCAUCCCUGCCCUCCGCCUGACUUCUUCCGCCCAUGCCGCUUGCUGCCAACCAAGAACAAUGUGCGCUCUGCCUGGUAUCGAGGGCAAAGUUCUCCAGGGGAUGGUAGUCCAGAGCCCCCUACCCCCCACUACAACACAUGGGUCCUGCAGGAUAUAGCUCUCGAGUCCCAUUUGCAGCUCCUGUCAACUAUGCUGGGUUCAGCCCCAGGGCUGAAGGACGGUGUGGCACUUCUGAAGGUCUGGCUGCGGCAGCGGGAGCUGGAUAAGGGUCUGGGUGGGUUUACUGGGUUCCACGUUUCCAUGCUGGUUGCCUUCCUCGUGUCCACACGCAAAAUCCACACCACCAUGAGCGGCUACCAGGUCCUGAGAAGCGUCUUACAGUUUCUGGCCACCACAGAUCUGACAGUCAACGGGAUCAGCUUAUGUCUCAAUUCUGAUCCCUCCUUGCCGGCCCUGGCUGACUUCCACCAGGCCUUCCCUGUUGUCUUCCUGGACUCCUCGGGCCGUCUCAACCUCUGUGCUGAUGUCACUGCCUCCACUUACCACCAGGUGCAGCACGAGGCACGGCUGUCUAUGGCGCUGCUGGACAGCAAGGCUGAUGAUGGGUUCCAGAUGCUGUUGAUGACUCCGAAACCCAUGAUCCGGACUUUUGACCACGUCCUGCAUCUCCGUCCAUUGAGUCGCCUGCAGGCAACAUGUCACCGGCUAAAGCUCUGGCCAGAGCUGCAAGACAAUGGUGGGGACUAUGUCUCAGCUGCUUUGGGCCCACUGACCACCCUCCUGGAGCAGGGCCUCGGGGCCCGGCUGCACCUGCUGGCUCACUCUCGGCCCCCAGUCCCAGAGUGGGACAUCAGCCAAGAUCCACCGAAGCACAAAGACUCUGGGACCUUGAGCCUGGGAUUUCUCCUCCGGCCUGAGGGACUGACCAGUGUCCUUGAGCUGGGUCCAGAGGCCGACCAGGCCGAGGCCGCUGACUUCCGCCACCUCUGGGGAUCCCGCUCAGAGCUUCGGCGUUUCCAGGACGGAGCCAUUCGGGAAGCUGUGGUCUGGGAGGCAGCCUCUAUGUCCCAGAAGCGCCUUAUUCCCCACCAGGUGGUCACCCACCUCUUGGCACUACAUGCUGACAUCCCAGAAACUUGUGUCCACUAUGUGGGGGGCCUCGUGGAUGUCCUGAUACAAGGCCUAAAAGAGACCUCCAGCACAGGUGAGGAGGCCCUGGCAGUGGCAGUGCGUUGCUAUGAUGACCUUAGCCGCCUGCUGUGGGGACUGGAGGGUCUCCCGCUGACUGUGUCUGCUGUUCAGGGAGCUCACCCAGUGUUGCGCUACACAGAGGUAUUCCCGCCAACCCCGGUCCGACCAGCCUACUCCUUCUAUGAGCACCUACGAGAGCGAGCCUCACUGUUGCCCCGGCUCAGUAAGCCCUGCCCGGCCUACGUGGAGCCCAUGACCGUGGUUUGUCACCUGGAGGGCAGUGGUCAGUGGCCACAGGAUGCUGAGGCCGUGCGGCGGGUCCGAGCUGCCUUCCAGCUGCGCCUGGCAGAGCUGCUGACGCAACAGCACGGGCUGCAGUGCCGUGCCACUGCCACGCACACUGAUGUCCUCAAGGAUGGGUUUGUGUUCCGGAUUCGCGUGGCCUAUCAGCGAGAGCCCCAGAUCCUGAGGGAGAUGCGGAGCCCAGAGGGGAUGAUCUCACUGAGAGACACACCUGCCUCCCUCCGCCUUGAAAGAGAUACAAGGCAGUUGCCCCUACUCACCAGUGCCCUGCAUGGACUUCAACAACAGCACCCAGCCUUCUCGGGUGUGGCUCGGCUGGCCAAGCGGUGGGUGUGCGCCCAGCUUCUGGGUGAGGGGUUCACUGAUGAGAGCCUGGACUUGGUGACUGCUGCCCUUUUCCUGCACCCCGAGCCCUUCACCCCUCCCAGCUCCCCCCAGGUUGGCUUUCUUCGGUUCCUUUUCCUGGUAUCAACCUUUGAUUGGAAGAACAACCCCCUCAUUGUCAACCUCAACAAUGAGCUCACUGCGGAGGAGCAGGUGGAGAUACGCAGUGGCUUCCUGGCAGCUCGGACACAACUCCCUGUCAUGGUCAUCAUUACUCCUCAGGACCGCAAAAGCUCUGUGUGGACACAGGAUGGACCCUCAGCCCAGAUCCUACAGCAACUCGUGGUCCUGGCAGCCCAAGCCCUGCCCAUCCUAGAGAAGCAGCUAAUGGAUCCCCAGGGGCCCGGGGAUAUCAGGACAGUGUUCCGGCCACCCUUGGACAUGUACGAUGUGCUGAUCCACCUGUCUCCCCGCCAUAUCCCCCGGCACCGCCAGGCUGUGGACUUGCCACCUGCCUCCUUUUGCCGUGGCCUGCUCAGUGAGCCAGGGCCCUCGUCUCUAAUGCCUGUGCUGGGCUACGAUCCUCCUCAGCUCUACCUGGCACAGCUCAGGGAGGCCUUUGGGGAUCUGGCCCUUUUCUUCUAUGACCAGCAUGGCGGAGAGGUGAUUGGUGUCCUCUGGAAGCCCACCAGCUUCCAGCCUCAGCCCUUCAAGGCCUCCAGUGCGAAGGGACGCAUGGUAGUGUCUCAAGGCGGGGAGCUGGUGAUGGUACCCAAUGUAGAAGCAAUCCUGGAGGACUUUGCCGUGCUGGGUGAAGGCCUGGUGCGGGCUGUGGAAGCCCGAAGUGAGAGGUGGACUGUGUGAUCCCAGCCCCAGAGAAAGCUGUAGAAGGACAGGAGGACUUUUGACCUCGGGAGCAAGAUGUCAGUGGGAUGAUCUCCAUCCUCAUUGCGUAUGGACCCUCCACGGAGGGCCUACUGGCUGAAAACACAGGAUUGUCGCUAGCAAAAGCCCUGAUGUUCUAGAAUUGGGGCAGGGACAUGGUGUCUUAUGGAGUCUCCUGGGCCUCUCUGGUUUUUUUUGUUUGUAUGUUUGUUUUUGAGACAG